ACCUUGCUGGUCGCGAAACAUGCUGUCGCUCCACGCCAUCUAGCAUUUCCACAGCCGCCUUGUUUCUCUUACACGCCUGGACGUCGAUGAGCAAGAGGUAAUCCUUUCGGAAAUGCCUUGCUAGAAGCUCGAACCCGCCAGUCUGGUGUGCUUGAACAUGCUUCGACGCGGUUGCAGAACUAGGUCUCUUUAUAUUUUCCGUUGCCGCGAUGGAGACUUUCGGUGAUGAGUCCACGCAGCGGCUCCAGGAGCUCGCUGCCGACCUUGAUAUGAUCCUUACCUCAAGCGAUUACGUCGACCCUGUCAACGAAGACACUCUAUCCCACACACCGCUUGACACUGUCGAGGAACAACGACUGGGCUUGGUUGAUGCGCCACAGACCGUACAGCGUGAGCGCAACAAUGUACCUGCGCGCCCAGCUCUCCGGAGAGACGGGUCGGUGCCUGCUCCUUCUCAACCGCCUCCUGCGCCCCCGCCACCCACCACGGAUCCGCCACCGCAACCAACGGACUCGCUAUCCUUAAUGCAACUGCGGACUUUGGUGAAGGAGAUGCCCAAAGUAGAGCCCACGCCGUACGCAUUUGUGUACAAAGAUGCUGCAACGUUGCCUGAAGAAAUAGAGGAGUGGUUUGCAUACACGACACCAGAACGCGCGAACAUACUCCGGGCUCAAUCGUGUUUCGCAACUGAGUGGGGAGUCUUCAACAAUUGGGCUUUUACCGGCGAGGACGAGUCCCCGUUGGACUGGACCAAGACCUCAGAAGAGCGGAGACGGCAAUUCAUACAGAGACUAUUGGAUGGCAUCAAAAACCCUGAUACAGAGAAGAGACUGGAACAGCUGGAGGCGCUUGUCUACAUUGUUCUCGGAUGCUGGUAUGAAACUGCUGGCCUGGAAACGACGGUAUUGACUCUGGAAGAGGCUUCAAGCUUGCUAAGCCAACAGGGCGAGGUGGCCAAUCUACCAGAGAGCAGCUCGGAAACGACUGCUGAAAAGUCCGAGGCAGAGAAGCGAAGGGACGAGGCUGUUGCUGAGCAGUUCAGCAAGUCUGGUCUCCAGCUUAGCUGGCUUAAGACAAAUACGAAGACGCUGUUCAAUAUCGACGGUGCUCUGCAGACUAUCUACGAUGCCGUUCGGGCUGCAUGCCUUCGCGAAUGUGUGCCGGAGCUGGGCAAAGCGGAGGUUAAUGCCACAAAGCUCGAACUGGAGAGGAGAGAGACCUGGUGCGCAUUGACUAUUCUAUACGUGUGCCUUGAGGUUGCACGGACGGCAGAACCGGAUUCGGAGAAGCUCGCCUUGCGAUCCGAGGUGUUGUGUUUAGCACCGAACUUGCUUGUCUUCCUGGCAGAUAUCAUCAACAAAAUUCGAUGGGAUCCCUCGAUCUCCGGUGAACUGCAGCAUAGCUCUGAACGCGGCCUAUCCCCAAAGCUUCUCCUUCUGACAUGGAAGUCCGUGCUGGUCUGCUUUGGCGGUCUAGAGGAGUUAAGUAGAGUGAAAGAAAGCUUCAAGGUUGAAGAAGUGCAUGAUGAUUCCAAAGGGCCCCUCAUCACCGCAUCGCCACUCGAUUAUCACACAUUCAGACAGGAGAUCAGUUCCAAAUAUCCAGCCUAUAACCCUCCACCUUCAUACUUCCCCCUCGAACCGGAUCAAAGGAGCAUAUUGCCACCACUCAGAGUAAAUCCAACAAAGCCUCAGGUAUCUUCUAUGCCUGUGGAGCCGGCUCAACACGGAACCUCCAUUCUUCACCAGCCUGUUCAUAUAGCAACACCUGCACCAUCUCCUCCUCCAUCCCCUGCAUUAGGUAAAGGCGGAAAGAAACAAAAUUACCAAACGCCUCAUCUACUCCCGUUUAACUAUCCUCCUCUGGAUGCCUCAAGCAACGAAAUUGGCGGCAAGGGCUCGACGAUGCUGCAGGAUGCACUUGUUGGUCGCAAAUGGGAAGGCUCGGAUGUACCUACGUCGAUUCUGGAAGCAGCAGAGCUCUUCUCGAAGCGAAUGAGAGCAACGAGAGCCUUGAAGCAGCUAUGGGAAGAGCGUGUCGAAUUCAUGAAGUACGAACGCGGUUGGACUGGUGCCGACGAAGAUGAAGACGUCCGUCCAAUCGAUAAUGAGAAUGAUGAGUCGUUGUCUGCACAACAAGCUGCAUCGAAGAAAAGGUUUGACGGUAGUGUAGAAGAGCGUCUUGCUACCGUUGAAGAGUUUUAUAAAAAUGGCCUUCCUAACCUGCAGUCCAUUGUCAUGGUGAUGAUGAAGACAAUCUUGAGCAACGUCACCUCACUUAUCACACAAGCAGCAGGCCAGGCGAGUGUCCAAGGCGGUUUCCUUUUUCAAGACAAUGGAAAUGGCACGGCGGAGAACAGGCCGAAUGGGACGUAUCUAGAUCCACAACAAGACAUAGCGAAACUAGGUCAAGACGAGCUUGACAAGAUGAGAGGGGAGGAGAUUUCGGCCAAGGCCGUCACCGGCUUGCUGCUGCUCCUCUUGAAAUGGUUUAAGGUGUCGCAUGUGCUAAAGUUCGAGUAUUUAACUCAGCUACUGGUCGAUGCAAACUACAUUCCCAUGGUGCUCAAGUUGUUGCAGACGCAGGAGAUUGAAAGGGUCGUGAAUUACAGAUGUGAAAGUGAGGAUUGGAACUUCUUCCGCUAUUGUCGGGCCCAUUCCCGCAUUGGCCUUGAAGAGGAUGGUGUUGUUUCCCCUCCACCUCAACCGGACAAUGAGCUUUCGGAUGAUGAAGCAGCUCCGCCACCUGUGAUAAGACGAGAGCGUUCCUCGUCAUCGACACAACAACGGCCUGACGCUUCAUCAUCCGAAGAACAGCAGCAAGUUCAACUGCCAGCGACCUUCCCACCGGAAGUCGAUGAGCUCGGAAUACCAACGACUCAGCUUCCCGCAGAACCCAUCACCAAUUUCUCCUGGCGCAACUUCUUCACCAACAUCAACUACCUUCGCAUUCUCCAGAAGAUCUGCAAGGACAAGGCGCACCGAAACCUCAUGCUCAUCACAUACAAGAGCGCAAACCACCUCAAGAAGUCGCUCAAGGUUCCCCAGCGCGAGCUUCGCCUCUACACACUGAAGCUCUUCAAGAAUCAAGUCCCUUAUUGUGGCCGCAAAUGGCGCCAGGGAAACAUGCGCGUCAUCACGGCCGUCUACCUUCAUGUAAGGCCUGACUUGAGGGACGACUGGCUUAGCGGGUCAGACGUCGACGGCGACGUGGAGCAGAGCGUGCCCAUGGAGCAGAGUCUUCGCGCGCUGACGCAUUGGCACAAUCUGAGGCGAUACCCCGACCAAAUGGGCAGCAAGAAGGGCAUCCUGAAGGAGGAGCAGGAUUUCUUCGCCAGAGAACUGGAGAAGUUGGGCUACGGACUCGGCACGCUGGGCGACGGCGACGAAUUCGGGAUGGAAGGCGGCGCUAUCGUCGGCGAGGGCGUCGAGUGGGGGGUUGGUCAGCCUGAGGGUUGGUGAUAUUGACACGCUGCUGGGCUGUAAACACCCCUCCCUCUUUGCUAUUUAGUGCUUGCGCCCCCUGCGAACAGAGCAUACAGAGGCGCCUGUCUAUAAGGUAUUUUUUUUCCUUAGGCCCAGACCUCAAAGUACAAGUUAACUUAGACUACAUCUGACUAGGAACGAGGCUAAGUCACAUGAUAUCUACCUUCUUGAUACUCAUUGUUCACCGCCUCGACACCUACCAUGUCCGAUAACCUUCUCAAUGCGAUGAGAGAUCCGACCGAGUCCAAGCCUCAGUCUGACAGGUUUGGCCUGAGCAAUUGGACAGGCGUCUCUGAAACCCCACUAUUCCACUUGAGCCAGAGAUUUUGCGCGUGAACUUGACAUGUCGCCUUUUCUUUUUUUCUCGUCACAGCUCCUCGCCGUGCCGUCCUCCUUUCCGUUCGUG